AUGACUUCGCGAUAUGAAAGUUCGCCUGUUAAUUUUUGUCGCCGUAGAUUAUAAAUUUCAAGCCUGAAUGUCAGCCAGUCUAAAAGUCAGUCAGUCGACAGAAUUAUUCUAAGCAUAAUUAUAAAAUGAUGUACCCGUCGGAUGUAAAUUUUCCGGCGCUCUAGAAGUAGGUAAUAUCAAUAUGGAGGUAACUAAUUUUGUUCGCCAAAUUUGCAUCAAGUUGUGAGAAGGAACUGAAACCUAUGGGCAGGGGGUAUAUUCACUUGGCUAACACAGACAGUCCCCGAAAUCGAAAUAGAACUGAAAAAGGAAAAUCGGAACAAAAGUAUGACCCAAUUCUAACCUGGUACACACGGGAUUACCCUAAAAAGGCGCGCUGCUUAAAAAGUUUUGGAAACACUGGUCUAACAGAUAAUUAAACCAUGGAUGAAGUACUGAAGUGCACUACUUGUGAAACGAAAUUCGGACCAACUGGACUGAAACAACCUCGAAUGCUUCGAUGCCAGCACACAUUUUGUAAAGUCUGCACAUUCGAGCUAAUAAAACCAUAUGGAACGUAUUGUCCGGUUUGUAAUAAAACCGAUCAUUCUGUGACAUCUUAUGAUCGCGAUGCAAUUCAAGUUAAUUAUACAAUUAUCCGUUUUCUCGAUGCUCAGAGGAAAGAACAGGAAAGUCAAAGGCUACUUUCUCUAAUCUUCAAUAUCGUAAGGAUUUAUUUCAUCAACGUCUGGAUUUGGACGUGUGCUGAAGUGGCUUUUACACCCACAGAACACUUUUAUAGCAGAUACGAGUCUAAAUUUGGAUUCGUUUGGAAAAUGACAAGAAUGCCGUUGGCAUAUUGCUUUGAAAUACAAUUGUCGGGAAAAAAGGUGGCGCUCGUUAUUUGGUAUUGGAUCUUUGCGGUUAACGUUAACAACAUGAGGCCAGUUUUCCGAAAUUUCACGUUGUUGGUUCUAUAUUUCUGCAUUUCACCAAAAUUAUCUGCGUAUUUGUUCGAUUAA